GCUGAGCUGAAUACCAGAACACAGGAUAUGCUGCACAGUGCUCUCAGUUUCACAGCAGCAGCAGCAGCAGCAGGAGGAGGAGGAACAGCAGCAGAGGCAGAGUGAGGACGACACGCUCUGCAGUCGAGAUGAGCGCCGGGGAUGUGGUCUGCACCGGCUGGCUCAUUAAAUCCCCCCCGGAGAAAAAACUAAAGAGAUUUGCAUGGCGGAAGCGCUGGUUUGUGCUCCGACGGGGUCGCAUGAGCGGGAACCCCGACGUGCUGGAAUACUACCAGAGCAAGAACUCCAAAAAGCCCAUCCGCACCAUCGACCUGAAGGAGUGCGAGGUGGAGAUGCUGGACGGGCAGCUGCGGAUAAAGCGGGACUUCCACGGGAAGCACCUGUUCGUGGUGAAGACCUCGUCUCGCGUCUUCUACCUGGUGGCCAAAACGGAGGAGGAGAUGAACGGCUGGAUCAGCAGCAUCAGCCAGAUUUGCCAUUUUGGGACCCUGGAGGAGGCAGAGAGUUCGGAGGACGGCUUUCCCCUCACCCCCACCUCCAUGCAGCCAUCCCCGGAUAUAUCUGACCGGGUGUCUGUGGCAAGCCAACCAGAUGCGUCUUAUCCACAAGACUACCUCUUCCUUUCGCAGUGUGAGACGGGUAGUAUCAGUACCAGUAGAAAUGACAGCUUCUCAACCUCGGACAUUUCUCUGGAGCUGAGGUCGUCAGACGAUGCCGUAAAGGAUAUCCGUACCGAAUCUUCCCCGUCCUCCAUCUCCCACGCAAGCCACAGUCCUCGUCUCUUCCCCAACGGGAGACCCACCAACCCCCCCUUCAGCGCCCCGUGCUCCUUCACCGUUCUCCCCUCCUCCUCCUCCUCCCCGCUGCUCCACUGCGCCGCCAACGUCUUCCAGUUCGACAGGCCUUACUCCUCCUCUUCGUUCGACGCGAUGGGGGAAACGCAGACUCCCCCCCCGCUGCCGCCAAAGCCCAAUCACCUGUCGGAGCAGCUCGGUACGAGGGCGAUGAGCGUACAGCACUUCCCCGCCAGCGCUCCCUUAUUUCCCCGGAGGACUUCUUUGUCGGGCUUGGACCACUUCAGAAUGGGAAGUACCGACCACAGAUUGGUGAUCAGGAGGCAAAGUGUUAACUUGCCUUGUUUGAAUACCGUACAAGUUCAAAGCUAUCAGGAUGAGUCAUAUGUCUCCAUGGCUUCUCCGUCUCCCUCGGCUACGACCAUCGAGUGUGAUGGUUACAUCCCCAUGAGCCCCGGAACGUUCAGCUUCCUCGGCAAAAACAGCAGCGCGGAGUCUUCCUCGGCUUUCAGCCCACUAAUGUGUCAACCUGGAGAUUUUGCACCACCUCCAAUUCACAGGCACCUCAAACCUCGCCUGAGGAGAGCACGACCCCCACCCCUUGACUUGAGAGGACUUUCUACAAUCACAGAAUGUCCCACUCAUCUCCAUUUGAGCCGAUCACUGACAGAGACAUGCUUUUCGGUGACCAACUUAUCUGUUGACAGAGGACUUGAUAGUGGUGACAGUUCAAGAGAGGAAGUGACAAUCUUCUCUGCACUGGAUCAAAGACAACCAUUCUGUCUCACCCCCGAUGGAACGGUUCAACCAUUUGCAAGAAGCUCGAAUCUGGACUAUUUGUCACUGGAUUUCAACUCUGCGUCCCCCUCCCCCGUGCAGAAGAAGCCAUUUCUGUCUGAUGAAUACAGAGUAGACUAUGUCCAAGUGGACGAGAAGAAGACACAGGCUCUUCAAAACACCAAAAUGGAGUGGUCAGAUGUGCGGCAGUCCAAAACAUGAAUGGAACUCGUACAAUGAUGAGACAAUCAUGAACAUAUGGUUUCAAGAAGAGCAACAGUAAAAGCAGCAAAGUGGACGUACUGUUUAUAUGAAGAGGACCAAUGCAACCAUAAAAGCACUUUUGUUGUUAAAAAGCCUAAAAGAAGACACAGUAAAGUCUGAGAGCUGCGAGCAGUUGGCUCUCGUCCGUACAGAAAACACAAACUUGCACUGUUAAAACAAAUUGAAUUCUGUAGGUGGAGAAUGUAAAUACUACCUGAUGAUGCAUUGUUCACUGUGAUUCCCUUUCUCACUGUAGCAUAAUGUUCAACCAAAUUUUGCAAAGAAAAAAGAAAAUGCUGUACAUUUAUGUAUAAAAAUGCUGAGCUGGGAAAGCCUCCCAGUCUGAUGGAUGAGUGAACGAAUGGAUGGAUGGAUGGAUGGAUGGAUGGAUGGAUGGAU